AUGCCAGAGUACAAGAAGCUCAGGCUCGGUGGCGUCGGCUUCGAUGAGGUCCGCCAAGGCGUAGAGAGCAUCAGGGAGGCGGAGAGGCACGCAGAGGAGCAGAACAGGAAGAUGCAGGAGGCCGCAGAUAUGACCGAGGCUGAGGGCGGCAACGAGGACGGCGACGGGAACACGAUGCCUGCCGAGGAGGGUGAGGCGCGGCGGGAGCCCACCAGCGAGACCGAGUUGCCAGGAUUUUUCUGGACCCAAGGUCGGCGUGAAUAUUGGAUCCCCACCGUGAAGCCGUGCUCCAAUGAAGAAGACGAUGAUGACAACGAUGGAGAUGACAGGCGAUCUGCGUUCAGUGCCAGGAAGGACCAGAUGCCUUUCCCAGAUUGGGUCCAGAUGCGGAUCGACAGCGUGAACCUUACAGUGUGCGGAGCUGGUCUAGAUGGAGUGUCUUGCAUGCAUGCGCGAGCUCGGAUGAAGAAGCUGCGGGACGAGUGGUCGAGCAGCGAUGACCCUCAGCAACGAGAGGCAGCCACGAAGUUCAGCGAGCGGCUCGAAGCAGCCGACUUGGCACAGAAGCUCGUCCAGCGAGGCUCCUUGCACAGCCUCGACAAGACCGUCUUCCAGGACAGGGUGAAGACAUUGGUCAGCACGAACAUGGUGUUUCCGUCGGCCUUGGCUCGAGAGAUUACCGACAGGCACGUCUCCGACAUGAUGCAGCCUCUCUUGAAGGGCACCUUGGACACUCGCACUGUCUGCGCCGCAUUCUUCCCCUACGACAUCGAUGAGCUUGCGGCUGAGCCCGUCGACCAGGACACGUUGGCAGUUGAUGAGCGAGGGCGGAAAGAGUGGGACCCUUUCAACCCCCGAGGCUGCGACAUACCAGUCCUACCGGAACUGCUUGCUGAGUCUUUCGAGCGCUGUUUGUGUUCGUACGUGCUGAGCCCCCUGCUGAAACAAUGGUCGGUGAUGACAUCCAAGGGGUUCAAGGGGAUUGUCGUUGAGAUCAUGCAGCUUCUCCUCCAGCAGCCUGAGGGUAUCAGCAAGCCUGUGCGUUUGUCGUGCAACGCUGGGGUCAAAAUGUGCCGUGCAAUCCUGUACUUAGUAGACAACGUGGAGCACGCCAAAUACGAAAAGGAGUUCACCUUAGUUCACGACUACACGCCUCCAGCUUCCACCCCUGGCAAAGCGGACUGGAAAGGCAUCAUAGUUUUUACCAUGGGGAUCUUGAGCCAAGAAUCGGAGUUCUUCAAGCCGGCGAUCUUGGACAUACGGCAAACGAAAGCUACCCACUCGACAGCCAAGGCGACGGUGGACGAGUAUUGCACGAAGGUGAGCAAUGCAGGUGCUACCUGGCCCGAGCGGGUGGACGAUGCAAGUAAGGCUCUAGCCGACAUUGCGUCGCUGAAGGCGAAGACCAGGGAGGGCACUACGAGCGCGCUGAUGCAGGCGCUCGACGACUUUGCGACCAAGCUGGGCGAGGCUGCAGAUGACGUCAUUAACACCAUGUCGAGCAAAGAUGCUGACCACAAGACCCAGCUGGAGCUCCUCCUGGCCGCGAAGACGUACUUUGAAGUUGCCUCCAGGACCGCGGCAGUGACCAUGUCUGCGGAGUCCAUCAAGAUACUGGAGAGGGUGUCCGAGGCCGUCCCCAAGAUCCAAGGAGCUUUGACUCUGAAGCAAUUCUUGCCAUACCUUGUCCAAUUGUCCAUCGCCGACUUUACGUCGCAAGAGAGUCGCCACUCCGUGCUAGACCACCUCCACGGGUUUCUCCGUGAGACUAACGUCGACGACGAGAUACCUACGGAGAUUGGCGAUCGUUCCAUCGAGAUCAUGGGCUUGCUCUUCGAAAAGGUGUUGGACCAGCCAUCUGGAUACGCAAGUGACGAGUGCACGAACUUCUUGCCUGUGUUCGGCAAGCUUAUCAGUACUUUGAGCUGUUCUCAGAAACGAGACCUGUGGAACAAGGAGGUCGAGCGCAUGAGGACAAUCAGUGGUAUCAAUAGCGACGUCGUGAAGUACACAGCGAUGGGGGAAGGGCGAUUGGACUCGCCUGACGGGAUCAGACUGCUUGACACGCUCACCUCUUCUUGCAACAAGCUCGAGGAGCUGUGCAGCUCCAACGUCUUGCCAGCGCGCUCUGGCGCGAACGGCCUCUUGCAGCAGGUGCAGACCGCCAUCGCGACAGACGGGGCCGAGCUGCUCAAGCGAGACCGCCAGAAGAUCACUGACUUCAUCGAGCUGCCCUUCGAGCCGAUGGCGUGCCCGCCCGUGAAGUUCGAAGCCAUCCUCGGGGGAACGUUCGACGGCAGCGACUGGCACCUCGAGCUCAACAAGCUGGCCGAUGUGCCCGACUUCGACAGCCUGUUCAAGGUUGCCGCGAAGACCAUCAUGAAGCACAACCCGAGCAUCUUCAGGACCAAUUCAACAACGAAGGCCAAAUACAACCUCACAGAGGUCUCCAGUGCAUUCGAGGAUGAUCACGAGAAAGCUGUGCUCAAAUCCUAUGUCACGCAGCGCGAGGCGUGCAUCCUCGGCAUGUUGAAAAAGCACCAUAAGGACGAGGACGAGCUCCAACGGACGAUGGCCUCCCAGAAGCAGCACGCCAAGAAGGCUUCCCCCGUCGCCGUGUGGGACCACGUGCAUCACGUGAUCAAGGUGUAUGUGCAGAAGGGCAUCGAUUUGUCGAUGUAG